CUCUCUCUCCCCUCCAGAGGUUUCCUACACCUGAAGAGAAGGAUGUCAAGACGCAGCAGCCGUUUACAAGCUAAGCAGCAGCCCCAGCCCAGCCAGACCGAUUCCCCCCAAGAAGCCCAGAUAAUUCAGGCCAAGAAGAGGAAAACAGCCCAGGAUGUCAGAAAGAGGAGAGAGGAGAAGGUCGCCCAGAAACACCAGUAUGAGAUUAGGAACUGUUGGCCACCUGCAUUAUCUGGGGGGAUCAGUCCUUGCAUUAUCAUUGAAACACCCCACAAAGAAAUAGAAACAAGCGACUUCUCCAGAUUUACAAACUACAGAUUUAAAAAUCUUUUUAUUAAUCCUUCACCUUUGCCAGAUUUAAGCUGGGGAUGUUCAAAUGAUGUUUGGCUAAACAUGUUAAAGAAAGAGACCCGAUAUGUACAUGACAAACAUUUUGAAGUUCUGCAUUCUGACUUGGAACCACAAAUGAGGUCAAUACUUCUAGACUGGCUUUUAGAGGUAUGUGAAGUAUACACACUGCAUAGGGAAACAUUUUACCUUGCGCAAGACUUUUUUGAUAGAUUUAUGUUGACACAAAAGGAUAUAAAUAAAAAUAUGCUCCAACUCAUCGGAAUUACCUCAUUAUUCAUUGCUUCCAAACUUGAGGAAAUCUAUGCUCCUAAGCUCCAAGAGUUUGCUUAUGUCACUGAUGGUGCUUGCAGUGAAGAGGAUAUCUUAAGGAUGGAACUCAUUAUAUUAAAGGCUUUAAAAUGGGAACUUUGUCCCGUAACAGUCAUCUCCUGGCUCAAUCUCUUCCUUCAAGUUGAUGCUCUUAAAGAUGCUCCUAAAGUUCUUCUACCUCAGUAUUCUCAGGAAAAGUUCAUUCAGAUAGCUCAGCUUUUAGAUCUGUGUAUUCUAGCCAUUGAUUCAUUAGAAUUCCAGUACAGAGUACUGGCUGCUGCCGCCUUGUGCCAUUUUACCUCUAUUGAAGUCGUUAAGAAAGCCUCAGGUUUGGAAUGGGAAAGCAUUUCUGAAUGUGUAGAGUGGAUGGUGCCCUUUGCCAGUGUAGUAAAAAGUACUAGUCCAGUGAAGCUGAAGAUGUUUAACAAGAUUUCUAUGGAAGACAGACACAAUAUCCAGACACACACAAAUUACCUGCCUAUGCUGGAGGAAGUCAAUUACGUAAACACCCUUAGGAAUGGGGGACAACUGUCACCAGUGUGCAAUGGAGGCAUCAUGACACCACCGAAGAGCACUGAAAAACCAUCAGGAAAACACUAAGGAAGAUAACUAAGCUGACAAGUAUUCACUGAGUUUUGGGUAAAAUGUCAUUAAAUUGUUUGCGGGUAGUAACAGGUGGCUCUACUACUUACAGUCAACGUAAAACGUAUAAAUACGUUUCCCGCAUACAAUGUGUUAAAAUGUACUAAAGUUUUACAGGAAAAUAGUGCCAGGACUACCCUCGCCAAUUCAGAAAUUUCAAUGCCAUUCUUUGACUUAAAAAACUAUGUAAAAUUGGCACUAAGAAAUGUAUUUCAUUGUCAGCUGUUUAAAGAAACAGCAGGCCUUGUUUACAAAAAGUUAAUUCCCAAGGUGACUGGCUAGAAGCCAGCCACAAUUUAUGCCAUAAAAUUUUUCUGAUCCAGUGUUACUAUUUUGAUGGACUGAGAAUUUUAUCAUUAAAAUCUUAGACUAGGUAAGUGCUACCUUAAAGAGUACAUUAAGUGAUACAGUACUUUGAAUCUAGUUUUUAGAUUCUCAAAAUUUAUAUAUCCUUGCUUAGUGCAAUUUGGUUCUUGAAAAUAAAAUUAUGUUUACAAAGGUUUAGUUUUGUAAUAAGGUGACUAAUUUAUCUAUAGCUGCUGUAGCGAGCUAUUAUAAAACUUGAAUUUUUAUAAAUGGUGAACUUUAAAAUGUUUUUUUAACUAGUUUAUUUGCCUUGCCAUACAUAACAUUUUUAACCAGUAAGGCUAAGAACAUGGUGUUUAAAACUGCGCUCUAAACAGUGGGAAUACCAAAGAAAUUAUAAACAAUGUAAAUGCUGUGGCUUCUACUUGGGGCUUCGACAUACAGGUUGCUUUAUAGUAACUUUUUUGUACAUCACAAUUUGAGUGAAAAAACUUAAGUACCCUUUCAAACUAUUUAUAUGAGAAAGACACUUUAUUAUUCUAAGGCAGUGGUCACCAAUCUCUUGGACCUCACGGGCCACCGGUUGGCGACCGCUGCUCUAAGGUAUCCCUAAGGAUUUUUUUUUUUUAAUUUAGUGUGACUAAGGCUUUAUUUCCAUUUGCAAAACUGCUAAGGUCCUUUUUAAAUUCCUACAUGAGUUAAGGACAGUGUCAAAGUGAUCAAGCUUAACACCUGACCUAGACUUCUAUUAAGGCAGAAAAGUAUUAAAUGUAUACCAAUUCCUAGUGAUCUAUUUAUUUAAAAAACAAACAAGUAAACUUCACAUAAGAAGGUGGUAUAUAGACUAAUUCUACAUAAAUGUUUUUGAAAAAAUGAAAUUUCAGCAUCUAAAGUGGAUUUAAUUAGAAAAAAAUUAUAGUAGAUUGUUUGUUACUAGACAUGUGAAUCUCUUCUCUGAAGAAAUUAUAAAUUUAAGCUAUUAUGGCAUGAAAUCUUCUGUAUAGUUUGUUUUUAAAUUGUUUCAGUAUUUUUGUCUGGAAAAAAAACACCACUAAAUGUGUAUAUAUG